AUGAUCCUCCUCCCCGAAGACGACGGCGACGCGCACGGCGAGAAGGGCGAGGGUGGCGGGACGGGCACAGCGGCGCAGUUCGCCCCGGGCUCGCCGUACCCGUCGGCGACCGUGCGCUCGUGGGCGACGUACCCGGGCGCCGCCUCGUCGCUCUCCCCUGCCUCCGAGUACUCGACGCUCAGCCCGGCGUGGCGGAGCGCCCCGCCCGCCGCGAGCGACGGCCACCUGCCCCUCUCCCCGCAUUCCCCCGCCCAUUCCCAUUCCCACUCGCACUCCCACUCGGCGCUGAACCUGCACCCCGUCACCGUCGUCGGGCCGGCGCAGCCCGCGUCGCUCACGCGCCCGCGCGCGGCGGUGGCGCCCGCGGCGUUCGCGCCGAUGUUCCUGCUCGCGGAGGGCAACUCGCUCAAGCGCGGCUUCCCCGUGAUCCCCCCGCCGUCGGGCCAGAGCCCGCACCCGUUCAGCGUGCACGACGUCGGCGAGGGGGACUGGCGCGAGUUCCUUGAUGAGCUCAGGACCGCCGCGCGCCUCACGGAGAGGGACCGCCAGAACGCGUACCGCGUGCCGAUCCUGUCGAUGCUGCCCGUCAUCAACGCCGCCAUCGCGAGCGCGCUGCGGCACCACAUGCAGGGCAAGAAGGCCGCGCUCGUCGCGCUGCUCGUCGACAAGUGGAACCACCACUUCUUCCACGCGCGGUCCCUGGAAGUCAUCCUCAUGCGCGGGCAGUCGCGCCUCAGCGGGCAGAGCGACAAGCCCGUCCCCGGCCUCCACACGCCGCGCACCGUCCGCUUCGCCGCGCCGCCCCUCGCGGCCGCGGGCACUGGCAAAGAAGGGGACGGGGACGGGGAGAAGACGUAUCGGCUGUUUGUGGUGUCGAUGGUCGCGUAG